CUAACCAACAAACACCCAGAAUGUCCUCGUAGAUCUGGUCGUAAGCGCCAAUGGAACACACAAAUUGAACGCGACUUCAUUUCUGCCCAUGCGGACCCUGAAAGCGAACGGCAGAGAGAUCGGUGCUCAGAGAGCGCAUCUGGUGCCUCUUCGGUGUUGUUGAGGAAGCGGUCGACACAUGAACCAAAGGCCUGGACGCAAACAAAGACGCAAAGGCAGAGACAUGUGCUUUCUAUCUGGCAAAACCAACGAGAGAGUGGUUGCCUACGCUACAGAUGAUGACGACGGCGUGUAUCUCUUCAUUGCUUGGAGAUGAGCCGCGAACGCACAAAGAGGCCAU